CGGUGAGUGGGAUCGUCCGAGGAGAUCAUAGAAAUAUUGUAUUAGGCCUAAUUCUAUCAGAGAGUUUGUGGUUUAAAGAAUCUCUGGUUCUAUGCGAGGAGAUCAGCUGGAAAACUGACGUCGAUUAAUGAUGACGUAGUAGUUGUGUGCAGAAGCGCAAAGAUGGCUGCUGCGGCUUGGCUGCAUGGCUCCACCAGUAUGCGGCUGACCGAGGGGUUGGUGUCAGUUUUGAAAGAAGAACGACCAGAGUAUUUACCCUCGUUGUUGGCAAAUUAUCGUGAGCAUGGCGUGGUUGCGACACAGAGUGUUGGAGCAGUUGGUGGUCUUGUUGGACUGAGCAAUGCACGUCUGGGCUCAAGCAAAACCCGGUUUGAAGGACUGUGUCUCCUGUCAGUGUUGGUAAAAGAUGGCUCCAGUGAACUAUUCCAGCAGCAUUGCUUGUCCUGGCUCCGGUCUCUACAACAGGUCAUUCAGUCGCAGGCCCCCCUGCCCUCAGUGCAGCUGGCUGUGCAGGUGCUGCAGGAUGUGUUGCAGUACUCCUCCCAGAUCCCUGAGCUGGCCCGCGAGAUUGGCCUCAACUCCAUCCUGGGCAUCCUCACCUCUCUGCUCAGCCUCAAGGCAGAGUGCCACCUGAUCGCCAUGGAGGGCAUGAUGGCGUGCAUGACUUACUACCCACGUGCCUGUGGCUCUUUGAGGGAAAAGCUGGGCGCCUAUUUCCUAUCGAAAAUGGAUUCGGAUAAUCCCAAAGUGCAAGAGGUGGCAUGUGAAUGUUACGGUCGCCUGCCCUGCCUCGGUGGAGUGCUGGACAGAGGGGGAGGGGGCCGCAGGGCUGAGAGCUGGACCAAUCAGACGCACUGCCUACUUGCCUCAGCCAAUAGCAUGCUUGCACAACUGUAUCAGGGUUCAGAGACUGAAGGAGUGGUGCAAUAUGAGGGCCCUGGCCUGGAGUUGCCCUUCCUGCCUCUGGAUGACAUCGAUCCCCUUUUGAUACUGCAGCUCAGACAUCGCUACAGGGCCUUGUGUCUGGCUCUCAAACACACACUCAGUGUGGACCCAGGCUCACAUGUUCGCUUACCUGUUCAACACGUUCUCAACUUUGUGUGUCGUGCCUUGGCGGUCAGCAGCAAAAACAUUAACCUUACCGGUGAUGGCUGCCUAAAGCUGUUGGUGUUGCCAUCGAUACAUAGUGACACAUUGGAGGUCCUUUCUACGUUAAUCAGAGUUGUUGGAAGCGGCUUGUCGCAGUACAGCAGCGUGCUAACCAGGCUGUUUGCUCAGUCGUUAUCUGCAUGGACUCCACUGCCAGAAGCCAGCAUCGGACAGCAGAGAGCAUAUAGUACUGUGCGUGUAUGUCUCUACCGCACUCUUGAGUUGUGGGUGCGAGUAGGAGGAGCCUCUGCAGCUGUCCUGCAGGGAAGCUCCACCCACUCAGAGCUGCUGUUCAACCAUCUGACGGGGGACAUCACGCCCACGGCGGACGCCAUGAAGCUCAAAGUGGGGCCCUCAGCAGGAUCUGACAUGGUUGCCCCGUCCAAACCUGGCCCCAGACGCACGAAGGGCCUAGGCCUGGGAGAUAACGGCACCAUGGCAACACAGAGAAAAGGAGACUCACUAGCCAAUCAAGACACCUGCCUGUCCGCUAUAAGAGUUCUGAGACAUAUUAUUCUGAACAGCGGGACUCUUCUAAAAGAUGAAAUGCACAAGAAGCUGCAUGACCUGGUGGUCCCCCUGUGCGUUCGGCUGCAGCAGCAGCAGCAGUUGUGUGACGCGGAGAUGAGUGGUCAGUAUGGGAGUCCUGCUCCGCGACGCGAGCUCUACCGCCUUCUCUUGGCUCUGCUGCUGGUGCCCUGUCCACGCCUGCCACCCCCACUCUCCUGUGCCGUCUCACUGUUCAGCCACGGACGCCACGACCGGAGUUUAAAGGUGUCCUCCUUCUGUGCUGAGGCCAUGACCAUUUGCAACUGCUUGCUUCACCCCCGUGCACCCUCCAUCUCCCUCCCCCUGCCCCCUCUCACCCUCAAACCUGCCACCGCUGCCUCUGUCCUCCCACCCAGCCAGAAUGCCGUGCUGUCCCUCCCCAACCUCCUCGCCGGCCCUUCCCCAGGCGCCGGCUUCCCCCCUCGUCACCCUCUCUCACUGGGGCCCGUCACCCUCCUGGGCUCCCUGGAGAACCACCUGUCCCUCGGCGCUCAGGUGCUGCCGCCCUCAGCCAUGCCCGGCGGCACUCCAGGGGACCUCCUGCUGUCCCCCUCCCAGACGGCGGACCUGGCGGGCCUGGGGGUGCCUGAGCCCCCCGAGGCCCAACGCCACAUCUUCAUCCGCUAUGACAAAGAGGAGCCUGACGAUGUCGAGAUCUCCCUGGAGAGCGACUCGGACGACAGCGUGGUGAUCGUGCCGCCGGGCAUGCUCUCGCAACAAGAGGGCCAAGACGCAUCGUCCAAUACUCAGGCUGCCACGCCUGUCGCUAACCCAAUCACCGCCCCUCCUGCCCAAACUGGUGCCACAGCAGCUGGCCCGUGCCCUCCCACAACGACUCCCACCGUGUCUGUGGCCGAGGCGGUCACGUCUGCUGCAGAGGCUGUGAUGACCAGCGGCGAGCUGCCCACCCCCACCGCAUCUCUUCCCCACCAGGUCCUCCCCGCCACGCCCAGCACCAGCAGCUCAUUCCCGGGGGGCAGCCAGACCGCUCCCCUGGGGCCUCUGGUGCCCCCUCUGGGCCCCUCCUCCUCCUCCUCCGCCACCACCACCCCUUUGGCACCUCCUCCACCGCUGCCCCUGGGUGAGUCGUCGCUACCGAGCGCCCAGCUCCAGCAGAUGCUGAUGCAGCCCACGCCGUCACCGUCCCAGUUGGGACUCUCCUUACAGGUGCAGAUGCACAACCACAUGAGCCAGAUGGCCGUCGGCCGACCGCCGCAGCCACCACCGAGCAUGGGCGGCGAAGACGAGAACAUCAUCAACAUCAACAGCACGGACGAGGAGGAGGAGGAGGACGAGGAGAUGGAGGACGAGGACGAGUUGGGCGAGGAGGAGGAGGAAGGCCUGGAUGAGGAAGAGGAGGAGGAGGAAGGUAGCGACUACCCCGAGGACGAGGAGUUCUACGAGGGCUACGAGGAGUACGACGAGGAGGAGGAGGGAGAGGAGCUGGAGGACGAAGAGGAGGAAGGGGUGGACGACAUUCCUCCGUUGGAGGGCGAGAGCGAGCACGAGCAUGAGCUGGGCGGCAUGAUGGACAGGGAGGAAGGCGAGAUCAUCCGGCCCGAAGACGAAGAGGAGAGGGGCAUGAUGCAGCUGUACGGCCCGCUGAACAGAGAGCAGAGGCUACACGCCGAAGGGGUCGACCAUCCCGAGGAGCUCAAGAGCGGCUGUGAAGAGGAAGAGGACCCGGACGGGGACGUUAAGACGGACGACAGCAGCCUGUUGGAGGAGAAGGACAAGAGCAUGGAAGCGAGCGAGGACAACCUGAUGUCGUCUUCUUCCUCUGCGGUUCAAAGAGACAGGGAACGGGCCAUGGGCGGAGGAGGAGAAAUGGUGGAGGCCCAGGUUGAGGGACCUAGUGGAUCGGAGAUGGGUCCCCAGAGUAUGGGAGCGUGGGAGCAGAAAGAAGCCUUACAGGAGGCUGUGUCCUCUCUGGCUGCAGCUGCGGCAGCAGCAACAGCAGGGUUGGACCAGAGCGAAGGGCCCGGAGCUUCAGAGGCCAGGGAGAUCCCGCAGCCCCGACCUGAGCAGGAGGAGCCUGUGGCAGGCUGCAGUGACGCCAGCAUUCCCACUGAGAAGGACGCCCGGUUGCAAAGUAUGGAAGGGCCACCCAAACCAGAAACGGAAGGUGAGGAGAAGAAGGAGGGGGGAGAAGAGGCAUCCAAAGGAGGCCUGAAGAGGAAGCUGGAGGAGAUGGAGGAAGGAGAACUCGUGGAGCAGAGCGGCGAGAAGAAAAAGCUGGAUGAUGAGGCCAUGGCGUCGAUGCUGGCCGACUUUGUAGACUGCCCACCAGACGAGGAGGAGAAAGCCCGCGUUGCCGCCGCCGCCGCUGCUGCUGCUGCUGCUGCCGCCGCCGCCGCCGCUACCGCAGCCGCUACUGCUGACGCUUCCCCGUCCGACUCCUAGGUCUUUUAGGCUGAUUCGGGUAUUUUUCUAAGGACAAGGCUAAGUGAUAAAUCUGGCUAACUUUACUAACAGGAAGUGGUAAACCUGCUAAUAGAUAGUCAUUUAGCUAAGAAAAUGAGGACUCCAGACUCUUCAAUAAGAUUUAUCUCUACCUCCAGGUUUAUUUAACCUGGUUUACUACCUAGCCAGGUUCUUGGGAUACUCCACAGGAUCUCAACGACAGAGACUUUACUAUUCUCCUCUCUUUACAGCUCGGCAUCUGGUAGAAACAGAUAAUUCUUUUAUUUCAUUCGUCAGAGGUGCUGGGCAGAAUUAUGGUGCCAUGGUUGUGGUGAGUUAAUGGGUCAUCUUCACGUUUGCUGUCUUGCCAUCAAAGUAAUGACUCUUCAAUGUUUUUAUGAGCGAAGGGGUAUAUUGCAAUGAUGAGUCUUUUUCUCAAUUUGUUUUCACUACCAUGGAGGGAAAAUUUACCCAUAAGGAAGGAGGGAGGGGGUGGGGGGGUACACUGGUCUUGUGUGCGAGGUUAUCAAGAGGCACGGGGCAGGGAGUUUACAUACAGAGGUGCUCAUGGCUAUUUCUAAAGGGAUGGAGAAGAUGCAAAAUGAACAUUUGUUCUUUACAGUCAGUACCCUGCAUGCACUCAAGAAACUUUGUAAUAUUUUUCCAGCUCUUUCAAUAUUCUAUUUUGACAUUUUUUAUCAUUGUUUUGUCUUGUCAUUAUUAUUAUUAUUAUUUUUAUUAUGUUACACAAAAUAAACGUUGCGGGCUCAUGACGAAA